AUGUUCGGUGUCAAUUCGUUCACCGCUAUUAGUGUCCGAUGUUUGAAACAACAUUUAAAAAGAACAUUAUCAACAUCCUCAUCGAAUACACAACCAAAAAAAAUUUAUAACAACAUUUAUGAGAUUGUUCAAGAUAUUCCACAUGGAGCCAAAAUAUUGGUAGGUGGAUUUGGUUUGUGUGGUAUACCUGAAAAUUUAAUUCGUGCGUUACUGAAAACAGCACAAAGAGAUUUGACAAUUGUUAGUAAUAAUUGCGGCAUUGACGACUUUGGUCUUGGGUUGUUAUUAAGAACAAAACAGAUUAAACGUAUGAUAUCGUCAUAUGUCGGCGAAAAUCAAGAAUUUGAAAGACAAUAUUUGAACGGUGAACUCGAAGUGGAAUUAACACCACAGGGCACUCUUGCUGAAAAAAUUCGAGCUGGAGGUGCAGGUAUUCCAGCCUUUUUUACUCCAACAGGUUUUGGUACCCUUAUUCAGCAAGGCGGAGCUCCUAUUAAAUACGAUGGUACUUCAAAACGUAUUGCUAUUGAGAGUGCUGCAAGAGAGACGCGAAUAUAUGAUGGUAGACAGUAUGUGUUAGAAGAAGCUAUUACCGGUGAUUUUGCAUUAGUGAAAGCAUAUAAAGCAGAUAAAUCUGGAAAUCUUAUUUUUCAAAAAGCAGCGAGAAACUUUAAUGCUCCUAUGUGUAAAGCAGCUAAAUGUACAAUAGCAGAGGUAGAAGAAAUUGUUGAAAUAGGAGAUCUGAAACCUGAUGAAAUUCAUGUGCCAAAUAUUUAUGUACACCGCAUCAUAGUUGGAGAAAAAUAUGAAAAACGAAUUGAACGCCGAACAGUAAGAAAACGGGAUGGUAAAACCGCGUCACCCGUUUCAUCGAAGAAAAAAGAUGAUGCAACACGAGAAAGGAUAAUACGUCGUGCAGCACUUGAAUUCACCGACGGCAUGUAUGCUAAUCUUGGCAUUGGCAUUCCAAUGCUAGCAUCAAAUUACAUUCCAGAAGGUAUUCUUGUUAGUUUACAAAGUGAAAAUGGAAUCCUUGGAUUGGGUCCGUUUCCAUACGAGGGCGAGGAAGAUCCAGAUUUGAUAAAUGCCGGCAAAGAAACAGUGACAAUUCUUCCUGGUGCAUCUUACUUUUCCAGUGAUGAUUCAUUUGCUAUGAUUAGAGGAGGACAUAUCGAUCUUACCAUGCUUGGAGCAAUGCAAGUGUCGCAAUACGGUGAUCUAGCAAACUGGAUGAUUCCGGGGAAACUUGUCAAAGGAAUGGGUGGCGCGAUGGAUUUAGUAGGAUCUGGUCGUACAAAAGUUGUUGUCACUAUGGAGCAUAAUGCCAAAGACGGUUCUCCUAAAAUACUGAAAUCCUGUAACUUACCUUUAACAGGAAAAAAUGUUGUAGACCUAAUUAUAACAGAAAAGAUUUGUAAUGAAAAACAAUUAGCAACGAUGUCUUAUAAUGAUAAUUUUAACGCAUUUGAAGAAGAUCCAGCUGCGGAAUUUCUUGAACGAGAAAAACGUGAACUGGGCGAUUUAACUGCUGAUAAUGAUAUAAAUGAAACUUAUAGUCCAUUUAUGGAUAAUGUGACUGAAGUAGGAGGAAGUAAUACGACGGAAGAGACGAAUGCAGGUUUUGGACGAAAUAGUUUACUAACAAAUGGUUCUCAUUCACCAAUGGGUGGUAGCGUUUCACCAUUGUCUCAUACAAGCGCUCGAUCAGAGACACCUUCAACAUCGAUGAUGAGUGGUCAUGGUAAUUAUUCAGUAUUAUCUCAAUUAGAUGAGCAACAAAAUGAGCCGGAAAAAAUAAAAAAAUGGCGUGAAGAAUUUCAACAGCGUAUUGUUAAAAAAGAUGCUGAUGAAGAAACAAAAAAAAAAGAAAUGAAAGAACAAGCCAAAAAAGAAUUAGAUGAUUGGUAUAAAAAUCGUUUAGAACAAAUGGAACGUGUAAAAAAUCAAAAUCGAAUGAAUAAUCGUACAAUGGAAGAUGAAUUAUUCCAUAGUGGUAAUGAAUCCUCAUCAACAAUGGCAAAUGGUAAUAAUGAUAAACGUAUUAAUGAUUGGGAUAAAAUAACAUCAUUAUGCGAAUUUAAUCCAAAAAAUAUUCGUUCGCAAAAAGAUCUUACUCGUUAUCGAUCAUUAUUAUUACAAUUAAAACAAACACCAAUUAAUAAAUAA